AUGAAGGUUCCUGUGAUACUUCCACAACAUCAAGAUAUUAAGUCGCUAUUGAAGCAGAUAAACACUAAAGACAAGGUCUCGAAAGACGUUCGGAUUCAAGCGUGCCAUGAACUUUACAGAGGAUUAACGUGUUCCGAUUAUGACAUCAAUGAUAUCAAAAAUGAUAAGAAGGAUAUUCUUGGAGAGUUAGCCGCAGUUAUCCAUCCAAAAUAUGGCAGUUUGGAGGUGAAGAAGUGGUGUGGGCGGAUAGCUGGCAUGAUAGGAGCGAGCAUCUCUGAUGAAUUUGACGAGUUCGUGAAAUGGACAGAAACUCAAGUGAAAUGUGCAAGACCAGUUGCCGAAGAGGAACAAGCGAUCUUCGUCUCUGCACUACAUUAUGCGCUGGUUGAGUUGAAGUCGAAAAGGAUUCAUCUGUCAAAUCAAUUCGCUACGAGUGUCCUGAGAAUUAUCUCGGAGUUUCUCGACUUCUCUAAUUCACAUCUGGUCUUCUUCCCAAUACUUGAUGUGUGUCGUGAAAUGGCUGAAGAAUAUCCGCAAGUUUUUGAAAACUUUUUCGAGGUGGGCAAGUUAUUUUUUAUUGUUUAA